AUGGCCGACAGAGACACAAAAUCGACCCCGCUCACUCCUUCACGUGUUGAUACGCUCGACACUGGGGGCGAGGCCGUCACCAGAGUCAACUCGAAAGAAAAUAAAUCAAAGGAAGAUGUGUCCCAUUCAAUAGGAGCAGAAGAUUCGCCUGUCAAGGCAGCGGAUGGCCACGAAAAGGUCCUGCUCACGGGUAGAAAGCUCGUCCUGGCACAUCUAGGAUUCCUUCUUGCCAUGUUCUGCACCUCUUUGGAUCAAACUAUUGUCGCCACAGCACUCCCAAAGCUCGCCUCGCAGUUCAAUGCCCUCGACCAGCUCACUUGGGUCGUCACGGCAUACUUCCUCACCCAGGCAGGACUAAUGCUCUUCUUUGGGCAAGUUCUAACCAUUGCAAAAGCCAAAUGGGUCUACCUUAGCUGCAUCGUACUCUUCGAGAUCGGAUCUCUCAUAUGCGGAGUUGCACCGCAAAUGAACGUACUAAUAUUUGGUCGUGCGUUUCAAGGUGUUGGUGCCUCUGGCAUCUACAUUUCGAUCAUCACAGUCCUCUCACAGAUUACGAAACUCGAAAACAGGCCAAUCCUCUUUGGCACCUUUGGCGCAGUCUUUGCAAUAGGGCCAUUGCUCGGCGGAGCUCUGACGGACCAUGCGACCUGGAGAUGGUGUUUCUACAUCAACCUGCCAUUUGGCGGCAUUUCAAUAGUUGCAGCAUUGUUAUUCCAACCCAGUAAUCCACCUCCGCCUAAUCCACUGUACGAUAGCAAGACGAUGUUACAGAGGUGGUUGGCUCUUGACUGGGUCGGUGCCUUCCUUAGCGUCGCCACCGUUGUUUGUCUUCUCCUCCCUCUGCAAUGGGGUGGCGUCACGCGACCGUGGAACGACAAAGCCGUUAUCGCGCUUUUUGUUGUAUUUGCAGCACUCUUUGGUGCAUUUAUCGCGUGGGAACACCACAAAGGCGCAUGCGCUAUGAUGCCGCUCAGUUUCUUCAAAAACCGAACUCAAGUCGGCGGUGCGCUCGCCAUCUUCGCCAUGAUGAUUCCAUUCCUCGCCGGUACAUACUAUCUACCCUUCUUCUAUCAAGCAAAAGGACGCACUGCCAGCCAAAGCGGGAUCGACAUCAUCCCCUUCAUGCUCACCAUGGUCUUUGCGAGCUUUACCAGUGGCGGCAUCGUAAACGCUACGGGUCACUACUAUUACAUUCUAGUUUUUGGACCCCUGAUCUCAGCGGUUGGAGCGGGGUUGCUGUUCACUAUUGAUGAAUUCAUGGGGAGCGCACGUCUCAUUGGGUACCAGAUCAUAUUUGGGAUGGGCCUUGGCAUCGCUGGUCAGCUUCCUCGUAUGUUUCUCUUUCUCUUCAUCGUACAACUCUUGACGGGCUCCAAAGUGAUGGCUGUACAAGCCGAAUACGCACUCCUCCCAGAGCUCAUCGCCCAAGCCUCGUCUCUCCUCAGCUUUCUUCAACUCAUCGGUGGUGUCGUCGGUAUUGCCAUCGCUGGCACAAUCUUUAACAACAAGCUCAACACCGAACUGUCCGUCUAUGCGCCCAAUCUUCCACCAGACACACUCGAGCACGUCAAACAAUCAGUUACCGUGAUAUUCGAGCUCGAAGAUACGAUCAAAGGUGGAGUAAUUCAUGCAUACGUCAAGGCAUUGACGUGGAUCUUCAUUCUGUGCAUUCCGGCGUGCGUGCUCGCAAGUAUUUGUGGUGCCUUUGUACGGAAUUGGAACUUUAAGACCCGGGGGAAGGGGGCGGCGGGAGAGGCUCCUGUCGUUGUGUGA